CACCCCGGCCCACCGCCGUGGCAGUGGUCUCGUGUCGGCACGCCGCCUCACGCAGCCUGCACCCUCCGCAACUGCUGUUCUCGUCUGGCACCGCUCCACCGUGGACGACCGCAUUCCGCUCGGUUUCUUCUUUGGAUGAGCCGGCGUGCUUAGCACCUUCCUCGUUGCACGGCCUGCCCGUACCCGGACCCUCACACGCCCGGCACCAUGGCUGUCAGCGAACGGAUAUCACAGCUCAUGGGUGCCCUCGAGACGGCUUCGGGCGUGGACUCAUCGCGCGCGACUUCUCCGGGCGGUGACUGGCGCCAGAGCAACGGCGACACGAACGGCACAGACGAGGAGAAGCAGAAUCGCAGCCGCCCGCGCACCUUUCCCUACUUCGAGUACCUUCCGUACAAGGCAGAGAACCCCAGCGAGCGCAUCGAGAACCUCAACACAUGUCUGAAGCAUCUGUAUAUCGCCGUCUCGGCUGGCGAUUUUGCACCAGGCGCGGUGCACUGGACGCGCGAGCUGCGCGGAUGGAUUCAGCUGAAGUUCGAGAUCCCGCGAGAUACGCGGAUUAAGAUGGUUAAUCUGUACUACGAGCUAGCAUUGGCUCCUGGUCUAGAUUAUCUGGUUGCGGAGCGCUUUGCGAGCAUGUUCAUGACCCUGACCAAGCGGAAACACUAUCUGCGCCCCGGCAAGGACCUGACGCUCGACUGGCGGCCGCUGUUCCGUGAACUGAAGACGUUCGUUCUCCCCUCCGAGUCGGGUGGCUCCUCGCCGCCGAGCAUCAAGCGAAAUAUUCGAACGUUGACAAAGCUCUGCACCUUUGCGCAGUACUAUUUCGACCCACAGGAAAUACCGGCUAUUCUAGAGGAGGUUCUUCCUUUCUUCAGCACGUCAUACUCGGAAGGUGCAUUCGUUGUCAUCGGCCUGCUCAACCUGCUGAUGCCGACGAGCGUACCACCAGAGGACAGGGAGGACCUGCAGCCGCAAGAGUACCUGCCUCUAUAUUUCCAUCUGUGGUCCCUAGUAAAUCGGUCCAAGCUGGCCGAUGCGCACUUCAUGGAUGUUAUGUCACGAAUGGCACGCGAAUUGCUUCCCGCAAGCCACGUCCCGUUCUCGCAGUAUGGCCUGUUCACCAGCGAGCAGUGCUCACUCGUAUUCACGUCUAUUUUACGCUUGCUCGAGAUUCCCGUCGGACAAGCGACUUCGCCAUACAGCACCACCGUCGAUUUAGGCGCCGGCCUUGCGGUCAUGCUCGACCGAGAUCAGCGCAAACAUCCCUCUACCCACCAUAUCGCACGUAUCAUAGUCAUGUCUUUCUCCCCCGCGUGCAUGGAGCACGAAGAUUCCGUUUUCAGCAAACUCGAGGGUCUCAUCCAAGCCAUCGAGACAUUCUACCACCCUUCGAACUCUGGCAACUGGACGCGAUCGCUUGCGCAGCUUGUGUUCUACCUGACCGACUUCUUCCUCUUGCGAUGGAAUCGGGAACAUAAUGGCGAAAUGAAUGUUCCCGAAGAUCGAAAGUUGAACGACGCGCUCAAGCGUCGGUUUGUGCUGUGUUUGCGCGAGGUCACCUUCAUGGGUAUCUUCUCGAAGAGCGAGCGAGCUGUGCUCUACUCUCAGAGCGCCUUGCAAGGUCUUGCAUACUUGGAGCCGACCCUCAUACUGCCGGGUGCGUUACAGCGCAUCUAUCCGGCCAUGCAGGGCUUGGUUGAGGUACACCGUACCAUCUCCUCAAUCAAAGCGUUGCAAAUGCUGUCCAAGAUCAUGGCGCGUACUAAAGGCUUCCGUUGCCACGUUACGACCUUACUAGGACUUGCCAUUCCAGGAAUCGACCCCAAUGACCUGGACAAGACCGUGCAGACCCUGAGUUACAUUCAAGGAGUCUGUUACACAGUGCCGUUCCAUGACCUUACACAAGAAAAGAAGGGCGUAAAUGGCACGACCUCGGCGUCGGGAACAGCGACACCGAUGGAAGGCGUUGACGUUGGUACCGGGCUUGCUGUGGAAUGGAUCACGCAACAGGUGGAACGGUUGGAGAACGCCAAAGGUUUCGCCGAGAUCGAUUACAAUCAGGAGCUCAGUGAUCAUGAGGAACAGAUGAUCUUACGUUCUUCGACCACGGGCCUUGCCGAGUUCUUGUUGUCCUUCCUCGGCCGGGUUUUUACCCUCCUUGAGAAUUUGCCGGAUGCUGCAAGGGUACGCAGCGGCUCGCCUGAAGAAAAUGUGGCAAACUACCUGCCGGCGGCGUUUACGCCACUGCUUGCGGCGCUCUCCCCUGAGCUUUUCGACAUUGCCCUUGACAAGGUUGCCAACUUUAUCACGAACCAUGUCAUUCAUCAGGCUCGUGAUGCGAUAUCAUUCAUCUGCAACAGCUUUGUCAAGGUGAAUCCAGAGAAAUCCCUAAAGCGACUACUUCCCCAUCUCUUCGCUGGUAUUCGCACAGAGAUCGAAGAUAAUGGGGCUGGCUCAACACGAACCACAGGCGCCGAAGUCCUUCCACGAGAUCGUGGGCUUGUCUGGUACCUCUGCAUCUUGGGCAUGUGUGUUGUCCACGUCGGAGAUGCCGUCAUGGAGUGGAAAGACGAGCUCUUCGAACUUGCAGAGUAUAUGCAAAAAAACGUUCGUGGUGCUGCUACGAUCCAUGUCUCCAACUUCAUACAUCAUCUCCUUCUCAAUAUCACAUGCACAUACACCAACGACUACUCCAUCUACGAGGAUGACGAGCUUGAGAAUGGUCUCACAGCAAACUCGUGGGGUCGUCAGGUAGAUGUAAAGCAAUUGAACAUCAAAUGGCACAAGCCCAGUGCUGAGGAGAUCGACUUUGCCGUUAAGCUAUUCGAGUCUCAAGUCACUACCUCUAUCAAUACUUUGACUGCUUUGAUUUCUGCCGAGCCACCAGUCAAGCGCGAAGGUACGGGCAAGGACUGGUCAGAUGAGCUUUCUCGGAACAUCACGCUGCUGCGACUCGUCAUAUCCGGUAUCUCUGUUUUGUUCAAUAUCCGCCAUGACCAGCCACACGAAGCGGGCGAUGAUGAGGACGAAAUCGAUGCCAUGGAAACAGAAGGCAUCGAGGACGACGCUGGGCUGGGCGAGGCUGAAGACGAGGAUGUCAAGCCAACCUUCCAAUACGAAACAGGAUACCCUCUGGAACGUGGCGACAAGAACUACGAGCUUCUUCACGACCUCCGCCAUAAGGUCGGCCUGACGCUACACGAAGUUCACUGCUUCUUGAACGAGAAACAAGAGGAUGACGUUAUAUGUUUCAACCAACUGUACAAUGCCUAUCGGUCGUGGUUCAUCGACGUGGGAAUCGAACGGUCUGCCCAUAUUCUGGAGCGUGUAACCCGUCUACUCGAAUCCGAUGAGGUCGCGUUCAAGUUCCAAGGGUUGAGGAAGGAGUAUCCGCGACCGUUACUUGUUAGACGCGCCUAUGUCUACCACCUGCAGCGUCUACGACACAAUGCGAGCACUCGACCGAAGACAGACCUUGACAAAACAUUACUUCUGGACCUUGCACAGUCAAGCAUUUCUCUGUAUACUGACAUUCGCCGUACCGCGCAGACUGCUAGCGAAUCAGCCAUUAAAUGUGUGUUGGGUGCGAAGCCCCUCAUCAUUCCCCCGCUUCUUGAUGCCUUAGUGAAGGCUAUCGGCGAGAAUGAUUAUCCUCGCAUUAAGGGUGCCAUGUUCACCCUUCUAUUCGGUAGCCUAGCGAAGACGAUCAGUCGUGAUUGGCGGUUCACACCUACUCUCAUCAAAGCCUUCAUCGAAGUCACCGGUGCCGACAAGCCCUCUGUUCAAAAGCUUGCAGCGAAUGCGACGUUCCAAGUCAUGGACAUGGGUAAGGCAAUGGAGCGCAUGGUGAUCCUUGACAAAGCAGUUGUUGAAGCCAUCGCUUUUGUCAUCGACCCGCUCGAAGACAACACGGUGCAGCAAAAGGUUGUGAAGCGGCGGGACUUCAUCCAGAAAAAGCGAGCCCGGAUUGAAGGUAAGAAGGCAAAUCUCUCCAAGGAGCUGAUCGACAUGACGAAAACCUCCCAUUGGAAGAAGGUCAGCCGAACCGCGGCCAUCAUCGUCAAUCUCACUAUGCGCUUCGAUACGAUUGCCUCAGACGAAAUGAUCACCCUUGUAGGCCAAGGAGCCAUAGAUCAGCACCCUAGCCUUCGUGGGCUGUACGCUGGUGCUUUGGUAGGCUUGUUUGGCGUCAUCCAGACUCGUGCCCUUGCCGAUCAUAGCUAUGAGAAAUACUUACUCAUGGAAGAGGAGGUACCUGACAAGAUCUCGGUAGAUACAAAAGCCGAUGAUCCUACAUGGACAGAAGAGUACUUGAGCAUGUUCACCAAGGCGGAUGCCAAGUACUAUGUCGAUGCCGACUACCCUGGUUGGUUAGUGUGGACGAAGACGAUGCCUGCCUUCCUACCCAAUCCUCCGGAGAUGGCUUAUGACGAGGUAGAAACGCAUGUUCGGAAGAAGCUUGCCGCGAUUCUUGAUCGAUCGUGGUUCUCGAAUUACUUUGCUUUCAUGAAGCAAGAACCACGUGACUCAGGAGCUGAUCGUUUCCGGAUGUCCAGCGCUAUGCUGCUAACGCAUGCUUUCGAUUUGGUUUUCGCGGGCUUGACAUCGACCACCUUUGAAGAUAUCAAGGAUCUCACCCAAGCUGUUUACGGUGAUGGUAGCGAUAAGCACCAGCACCGUGCGACAUCCGAAAUCAUGGGUGCUUUGCUCACCUGUGCACCUGACCUCCAGCCUGAGCAGCGACAAGAAACCUGGGAGUAUGUCUUCCCAAUCAUUCGGGGCAUAUUUGAAGACGGCCUGAAUCCGGACAACUCGGGUUACUGGACGACCUUCUUACAUGUUGUGCUUCAAGCUAAAGAUCCCAGGCGAGGCUGGCCUCUUGUAGACUGGCUGUCAAGCUUCCGCCUGGACAUGGACUCCAACGCGGCCUUCAAGGAGAGCUCCAAGAUUUACCUACUCCAACAAUGCAUUGCUGACGCUGGUUGGCACUUCCGCCUGGAGAAGCCCAUCUUGGAGAACUUCAUGCAGCAUCUUGAUCAUCCGUACAAGGGUGUACGUGAAGCCAUGGGCCAAACUAUCGCCGCCAUCUAUCGAACACGGUACUACGAAUCAUACAAAAACGUUGGUGCACUCAUCAAAGCGCAAAAAGAAGCCUCAUCUAUUGGUGUCCGGCCAUACGAGCCGACACCUGAGUUCUCGAAGAUGAUAACAGAAGUCUUCGAGCGUCUGGAAGUGUGGCGAGGCGAGCGUCCCGCAGGUCAACAAACCCCCUCGCCGUAUACGAACGGCGGCAAGACAGUCCUCCUCUGGCUCGACUCCACUCUCUCAUCCUACGAAUGCACACAACUCGUCCAGUUCUUCCCCAACGUGUUCACCGAGCAGCUCCUCCACAUGAUGGAUAUCAAAGAGGAUCCCGAGCUCCAGUCUCUUGCUUACCACGUCUUCCGCCACUUGCCCAACAUCCCGCACCGUCAGGGCGAAGACGCAGAGUUCAUCGCGGCUCUUAUCCGCAUUGGCCGCACAGCAAGCAGCUGGCACCAACGUCUUCGCAUCCUCAUCAACAUCCAGGUCAUUUACUUCCGCCGGCUCUUUUUGAUGAGCGAACAGCAGCAGCUCGCCAUGUUCGAAUGCGUCUCCGCCAUGCUUCAAGACGCGCAACUCGAGGUCCGCAUGGGCGCUGCCACAACGCUCUCCGGCAUGAUCCGCUGCUCGCCCGUCGCGCUGCGUGACCGCAUGGUCGUGAAGCUUAAGGAGCAGUUCACCAACACCUUGACCAAGAAUCCGCUCCCCAGGCGCAAGCUACCCGGUACACCGACGGCCGAGCAGAGUAAGCUGGUCCUGACACGCCACGCGGCCGUGCUAGGGCUGGGUGCGCUCAUCCAAGCGUUCCCGUACACGAGCCCUCCGCCAGCGUGGUACACGGAUGUCCUUGCCAGUCUGGCGCGCAAGGCGGCGGCGGAUCCGGGCAUGGUGGGCAAGAGCGUGAAGAGCAUCUUGGCCGACUUUAAGAAGACGAGGCAGGAUACUUGGCAUGUGGACGUUAAGGCUUUCGAGCAGGAGCAGCUGGAGGACUUGGAGGGCGUGCUGUGGAAGAGCUACUUCGCUUGAUCGCCGCUGCCACGCGGUAAAACGAUACGAACAUGCGAUGUAAUAUACACGUGCCAAUGGUAGACGUAUAGGGCUUAGGGUACCGCAUGAUAGGCGUGUUCAGUGAUUUGCAUGGGCGGCGCUGAAAAGAAAUAUUAGGCAUGUGUUUAUGC